CGCGAAGGCGGUGGCGGCGGCGGCGGCGGCGGCGGGAGGCGGCGCAGUGCAGGGGCCGCGCCGGUGGCGGGCAGGGCCGCGGCCGCUGCGGGGAGCCGAGCUGACCGGGCCAGUGGCUGGCGGAGCAGACAGGAGCAAAGUAUCCAGUAUGCUGUCCCGACGCCUUGGUAAGCGCUCCCUCUUGGGAGCCCGGGUGUUAGGACCUAGUGUCUCCGAGGUGCCAUCAGGGGCCGGCCUCCCCUUGGAGCCACAGAUAGAAGUGCCGGAAGGAGCCCUGCCCCAAUCCUCACUCACCUCUAAGGACCCCGUGUUCCAGGAUCAGCCCAAGGAAGUCAUCAGGGCUCUGGGUACCUCAGGCCACCCACAGGUGGUCUUUCAGCCUGGACAGAAGGUCUGUGUGUGGUAUGGAGGUCAGGAGUGCAAGGGCCUGGUGGAACAGCACAGCUGGGCCGAGGACAAGGUGACAGUCCGGCUGCUGGACCAGAAGUUACAAAUCUGCUGUAAAGUGGAAGAGGUGUGGCUGGCGGAGCUGCAGGCUGCCACACCCCAGCUGCCAGCCUCGGAGCCCAGAGCCCAGGUGCCAGCCUACAGACCUGUGUCUCGGAACAUCGAUGUUCCAAAGAGGAAAUCAGAUGCGGUGGAGAUGGAUGAGAUGAUGGCGGCGAUGGUGCUGACGUCCCUGUCUUGCAGUCCUGUGGUGCAGAGUCCUCCUGGGGCUGAGCCCAUCUUCUCUGUUUCCCGUGCAGCCUGUGGCGACCCAUGGAAGGAGAGCGGUGAUGUGUCUGAUAGUGGCAGCAGCACCACGAGCGGGCACUGGAGCGGGAGCAGCGGCGUCUCCACCCCCUCGCCCCCCCACCCUCAGGCCAGCCCCAAGUACCUGGGAGAUGCCUUUGGGUCUCCCCAAACUGAUCAUGGCUUCGAGACCGACCCUGACCCCUUCCUGCUGGAUGAACCAGCCCCGAGAAAGAGGAAGAACUCCGUGAAGGUGAUGUACAAGUGCCUAUGGCCCAGCUGUGGCAAAGUUCUGCGUUCGAUUGUGGGCAUCAAACGACACGUCAAAGCCCUCCACCUGGGGGACACCGUGGACUCUGAUCAGUUCAAGCGGGAGGAAGACUUCUACUACACAGAGAUGCAGAUGAAGGAGGAAUCUGCUGUGGCUGUGGCUGCUCCCCCUGCCCCGGGGACGCCCACCGGAGAGCCAGGGCCCGCCUCCCGUGUGACCAGCCCGUCCCUUGCUGCUCUUUCAUUGCCUCCACCCAAAGUCCAGUCCUCCGGCCCAGAACACCCUGGCCUGGAGGCUUCCCUGCCCUCAGUUGAGCUCAGCAAGUCAGCUCCUGGCUCCUUCUGGCACAUUCAGGCUGACCACGCCUACCAGGCUCUGCCGUCCUUCCAGAUCCCCGUCUCCCCCCACAUCUACACCAGCAUCAGCUGGGCCGCUGCCCCUACCACCACCUCCCCCCUCUCUCCGGUCCGGAGCCGCUCACUCAGCUUCAGCGAGCCCCAGCAGCCGCCACCCACCGUGAAGCCUCACAUGAUCGUCACCUCCCCGCCCCGGGCUCAGAGCAGCAGCAGGAAAGCCCGUGGAGAGGCCAAGAAGUGCCGGAAGGUGUACGGCAUCGAGCACCGGGACCAGUGGUGCACGGCCUGCCGGUGGAAGAAGGCCUGCCAGCGCUUCCUGGACUGAGCCCGCCCGCCCGCAUCAGCCCUGCCGCUCCCCACCCUGCGCAGUAGCCGGGAGGUCCCCAGGCCUGCAACCAUCAGCAGAAUACAGAUGUGGAGUGGAUGUGGGCAGCGGGGCCCCCACUGGCUAAGAUAUAACACUUAAAAACACUUUCUCCCCACCUUGUUGGGGCUGUUUUAUUUUUCAAGAAAAUGAAAUGAAACUAUUUUUUCCCCCUAAAAAUAGGAGAGAGCCAGAAUUGACCAAGGGUAUUCUGCAGCGAACCAGAGACCAAAGAAUCACCCCCCCAACCCUCACCCCCACCCCAUCCUGCCCUCCCUGGGACUAGUUUGUACGCAUCAAAAGUAGGACAGGAAGUCUUGCCUGCUUGUGUGCUGAGCUAGGAAGUCCUUUGCUCUCUCAGUUAUUCCAGAAUGGACUGGGAGCAAAAUGAAUUUACUUUUUUUUUUUUUUUUUUUAGGAAAAGAAAAAAAAAAAAAGAACAUUGUGGCAGGUGGAUGGCCCACAGGGCAGUACCAGGGCCCUGGGAAGAGCAGGCAGUGCUUUGGUUUCACUUCUGUUGGGGCAGCUUCUGGAGAUGGAAGAGGGACAUCCUUUUAUGAUGGCAACUUUUGGAUCUGGGUCCCCUCAGUAGACUUUGGCUUCUUCUCAAAGCCUGUCCCAGAAAAGCCGAGCCAGGAUGAAUUCAGCUUGAGAGUGUGGCCUUGAAACACUACCCUGAGCACCCUUCCAGCUCUGAGAGGAAGCGUGGGGGGAGGGGGGUCUCCACAGAAACUAGGCUCCUGCCGAGUAGAGUCCUUCCCGAGUCCGCCUUCCCUCCAGAGUGUCACAGGGGCACUAAAACGUUGGGUCUUCUUGUUGGGUGUGGAAGUCUGACGGCAAGGCCUCCUUUUCCUGGGGGUUCUCUGGGAGAUCCUUGCAGACUCUGCCUCUGGGCUGUCUACUGACAUCCCAGGUGUCACAGGCUCAGGGAGUGCCACCAGGCGACCACUCCAGGGACUGAGCCGCAUUGACUCAUUAAUUGUCACGGAGACAGUCCUCCUGACCACUGCGGCUCCACCGGUGCCAUCACACGGGAAACACACAGAUACUUUUCAGUCUGAGACACACUAGGGACUGUUAGAAAACCCGUGAACCUGAGAGAUUGCGUGUGAGAGGCAAAAAGUGUAGCGGUAGCCUGGGCUGCUGGCAGAGGGGGUCCCCAGUGUCUGGGGUGUCUUUGGUAGAGAUGUAUUUUUAUAAGGAGCCAGGGCAGCCAGAGGGGGCUCUGGGCUCUUCUGCACCUUCACCUUCAUGGCUAAUUAAGAGCUGGUGACCGAAGUUCCUUCUCUCUCCCUGCUUCCCACGAAGCUCAGCUUCCAGUCUUAUGGAGUGGGUAGGGAAUGUAGAGAGAAAGCGUCUGAACAUGUGGGGACCCCACCCAGAGGCUCUCCUCUCCCGUUCUUAAUCCCAGCGUGGACUGAGCAUCCACUUCGGCAGAGGGGUUUUAACCCAAGCCUUGGUUUGGAGUUUGCAGAUGUGUCUGACUGUAAUGGUUUUCUCCAUUGGAAGUAGGCUCCCUAUGCCAUUGGCAUGCCAGGCAGAAAAGGAAGGGAGGGGAAAUAAAAAUUGAUGGGACGGAUGGCUUAAAAAGUGAGGGAGUUCUGAUUUUGUUCGGUUCCUUUUUUCCAUUUCCGUGCAGCCAUCCACCUCUGUGUUGGUUCCCUCUCUUUUCUGGUGGUGUUGGCCUCUCCUACCCACUGUCCCCAUACACCCACCUACCCACCCCCGCCCCCUCGUCUUGAUGCUUUCGAGUUGGUUCCUGACACAUGGUCUGGCUUUUAGUUUGAAGGGCAAGGGUGGCUUGUGAACAUACCCAGCCGCCAGGCCCGCUUUCUUCAUGUCUGUAUCUCCCUGCUUCCUAGCCCCAUGGGUUUGGAAUCUUGACUGGGUGAAGGUACCACAGGCGCGUGCUUUUGAAACCACCAGGGCAUAGCUUGCGAACCGUUACCUUGGGAAACCAUCCAGCCACGUUUCCAUUAUUCGGAGCUCUCAAUGUUACCUUCAGACUUGGCGCCAUUUUGGGAGCAGCCUCAGUGAGUCUGAGGCACCCUACUCACUCCAUGCUUCGAGUCCAGGGAUACUGUCUUGUGGCCAGCGGAAGUCUCAGGUACAAAGCCGAAGGGCUCUCUGGUAACAUAGGCUUGGAUCAAUGACGAGGCCUUUAGCCUGCCCCUGAAAGCAGUACUGUCGCUUCAGACAGUUCUGUGAGCAGCGGCUGCCUUGUCAGAGGAAGUGUACAGCUGGAUGCCUUAGAGGACCCUGUGAAAUUGGAUGUGAAAACUGAUUUGGUGGGGAUAAAAAACAAAACAAAACAAAAACCUGUUCUGUUACUUUCUGGUCACCCCAGGUUUUGACUUUGCCAGUGGCAAAAAAAUAAAUAAAAAUUAAAAAAAAAGAUUAAAACAAAAUAAAAAGGGAGAAAAAUCCCAUCUGUGAAUUUGUUGUAUUGGCGCUUCUCCCCUUCUGCCACACCCUCCCCGCUGUCUUCCAAGUAUUAUUUUUACUGUUAAGAUUUUUUUUAAAUGUGAAAUGAAAUGUAAUGUUUUUACAGCAAUGACAUGAAAUAUAUUUUAUAAGGAAUAAAAUGGUACAUUGUCUGA